AUGGGAAACUCCUAUGAGCUACAGGAUAAAAAGCAAGACAUUUCCUAUGAAGUCAGAGUACCCACCGAUAUUCAAAUGGGAACGAUCACUACUACACCGCGUGGGUUCGUUGGGCGUAUGGUUGACUCCUUCAAACCACCUUUGCCAGAGCUUCCAGAGAGCGAAGAGCACGGAGAGAAGCUUGGAGCGUCAAUUGAAGGGUAUGAUUGCAGUUCAGUUUGCUCUCUCCUUUUGCUUACAUAUGCAGGCCGGCAUAUGCAGAUGAUCGCUAUCGGUGGGUCCAUCGGCACUGGUCUUUUUGUCGGAUCUGGCAAGUCUCUAGUGAUUGGAGGUCCCGCCAGCGUCGUGAUCGCUUUCAUUUUGAUUGGUGUUAUGCUCUUUAACGUCGUGCAUGCCUUGGGAGAGCUUGCAGUCAUGUUUCCAAUUGCCGGAAGUUUCGCCACAUACAAUACACGUUUCCUGGAUCCUGCUUGGGGAUUUGCCAUGGGGUAUAAUUACGCUAUGAAUUGGCUCGUGGUUCUCCCUCUUGAGCUCUCUGCUGCUUCCAUCGUGGUGCAAUACUGGAACGUCAAUGUCAACGUUGCCGUUUUCAUUACGUUAUUCCUGAUUAUCAUUGUCUCCAUCAACCUCUGCGGCGUGCGGGGCUACGGCGAUGCAGAACUUAUCUUCUCCAGCAUUAAAGUCCUCGCUGUGACAUCGGCAUGCAUCAUCUUCGUGGUCAUUAACGUUGGUGGAACUCCAGCAGGACAGUAUCUAGGCGCAAAAACAUGGUCAAACCCUGGAGCAUUCAACAACGGAUUCCACGGUCUAUGUGGUGUCUUUGUCAAUGCAGCCUUCUCCUUUGGCGGAACAGAGCUUGUUGGUCUCGCAGCUGCCGAAGCUGCUAAUCCUCGCAGAGCCAUGCCGAAGGCUACCAAGCAGGUAUUUUGGCGCAUCACCAUUUUCUACGUCCUUUCGCUGUUCCUCGUUGGACUCAUUGUGCCCUUCAAUGACCCUAGACUGACCAAAGGUGCAAGCAAGGCUGCUCGAAGUCCGUUUGUCAUCGCCAUGCAAAUCGGAGGUAUCAAGGUCUUGCCAUCCAUCUUCAACGCCGUCAUUCUGAUCUCUGUCUUGUCUGUUGGCAAUUCGUCUACCUACGGUUCUUCUCGUACCCUUGCUGCUUUGGCAAAGGCUGGUCAAGCUCCUAAAUGGCUAGGCUACAUUGAUCGUAAGGGCCGUCCAAUGGCAGCUCUCGGUCUAGCCCUCUUCUUCGGACUACUUGGCUAUGUGAACGCUUCUCCUCACGGUGGUCUCAUCUUCGACUGGCUUCUGGCAAUCUCCUCCUUGUCUUCCUUCUUCACCUGGGGCUCGAUCUGUCUGUGCCACAUUCGCUUCCGCAAGGCAUGGCGCAUUCAAGGCCAUUCGCUGAAAGAGAUUCCCUUCCGUGCAGCUGGCGGUGUCUAUGGUUCCUGGUUUGGUCUCAUCUUCAACAUCCUUUGCCUGGUUGCCACAUUCUACGUUUCCAUCUGGCCACCUGGUAAUGGCGGCAAGACUGGCACCCUGCAAGACUUCUUCAUCAAUUACUUGGCCGUGCCGGUCAUCCUACUCUUCUACUUUGCCUACAAGCUCAUUCGCUGGAAGUCGAGUGCUGUCGUGCGGAGCGCAACCAUGGAUGUAACCUCCGGUCGUCGUUCUCUCGACUUGGCUCAAAUUGAGGAAGAGGAGCUGUAUGAAGCGGAGCACCCCAAGUCUGCGUGGAAGAAGCUUUGGAGCACUAUCUGCUGA